AUGCAUCCAGAUCGUGUGUGUGAUCUUAGUCUUCUACCUGAGUCCAUUAGACAAUUUACUCUUCAAAACUGUGAUUGUGAUUUUGACUGCGUCUUCAGAAAUGUAUGUUCCUGCUGCGUUGACAUUGCUCUUCAAAGCUCUGCAACGUGUUUAUCCAACACUAUUCACGCCGAUCCAAGCUCGAAAACUGAAGAAGUUGAAAUCAUUGUGAUUGAUGGUUGUUCAGAAAAUGAGGGUUACAUGUAUUAUCAUCAGUAUCGUAAGUUAUGUGAAGAGGACACUGGGGAUUUCUCCUCCUAUUUUGUACAGGCUGGGUCAGCUACUUACAAAAACGUGUUUUGUUUUUUCUGUAAUAAGAAGAUAUUUCGACUUGGGCAAGAAUUGCUUCACAAUAAGUUCACACCACUUGAUUUAAACAUUGUCUGUCCAUUUUUUUUCCAUUUCUUAUACGCUGGCUCUAUUAAAUCUGUAAUCAGCUCAGCAAAGACUAGAGGGUGUUCUGUAUAUUUUGAUACGGAUAAGACGACUAAAUGCAGGAAAGAAGAGGACGACUACUUUUACGGUGGAGGGUUUGGGAUGAGUCUUUACAGCUACUACGAUUACUCCCAAUCGGGAGAAACAAAGGAAAUCGUAAACGUAUGCAACAGCUCUGGAAAUGUUGUAAAUGAUAUUGACUUAAAUGUUCGAUGGGCUUGUGAAAACAUCAGUGACCAAGCAUUCCCUUCUGUAUCUGGAUUUAAAAACGAAUUUUGCUUGCUCUGCAAUGUUAAUGACUCUGUUCAGACAUCAAAUGCAAAGUGCGAUUCAGGUAGUGUUAAUUUUCAUCCUGCAUACAGUGAAGGAUGCUUAUCACUUCCAGACGUGCAUGCAGUACCAGAAGUGUAUCCAUACAAGAAUUCAUUUUGCUUUGCUUGCAAUAAUGAAUUAUGCGCUGACAAGAAGUGUUUGCCAAAUUCAACGUUUGUAAUUGAUCCAUCUGAUUGUUCAGGCCAGACUGGAAAUGCGUUGAAGAUACGUGGCAGUUUUAUAUUAUCUAAACUGCUUCCCUCCGUAGUCUUCUACGCCUCUCCGCAGUACGUCACAGAGUCUGAAGGAUAUGGUUGCUUUCCUGGGCGAGUGUUAGUAGCAGAUGUGUGCGAGUUGAUAAUAAUAGAAGGGAUUGGGUCAUAUGCAGUUGAUAUCUCUACAAAAAUAACGGUCAACACCUCCAUUGCAAAUGCAACCAUUGUUUUUCAAAAGAUAGAAAGAGCAUUAAAAUUAGAAAUAAGAAACCUAUUACCUGGCAACCCUGGAUUAAUAGGAUAUUUUUCUGUUUUGCCUGACAAGAACCUCGAAUUGGAAGCCGGUAGUCCCAUACCAAGUGAGCAAUUCAAUAUGGAUAUUUAUUUUGAGGUACCAUAUUUUUUAUAUGACAGAGAAUUGGUAGAAAAAAUGCUUUUAAAACUUCCAUACGAGAUCAAUCAACAGAGCACAAUUGAAAAUGAAAAUGUGGAGUAUCAUAUCAAAGGCUUGGGAUUUUCAUUUCCAAAACGAAGUCUCGAUAAUAGUAUGUCGGAUACAGUUUCUUACAAUAGAUUUAAAAAUCGAAUGCAAUCUUUGUUUGCGGGACCCCCUUUGACAGUUCUGUUUGUAGGAAACUUACUUUUUUGUGUCCAUCGAAAAUACAAUGUGAGUGUAUUUAACUUUGAUUAUGAAAACUUACGUAUAACAUCGAAUGAAACCUUGCUCGGUUUCGAAAUGGGCGAUUUCGUCUUAGAUUUUGCAGGUUUUGUAGGGGUAUGUGACUAUGGCUCGCGAUAUCAUAAUACCGCUAGUGAUAAACUGGUCGCAACCUUUGUGGAUAUACAUUACUUAUCUACUGUGUUUCAUGGCGUCAGUACGAUCAGCACGGCUUCUAUUUUCUUGACUUAUUGCAUUUUUAGUAAUUUGCGAACCCCUUCUGGUAUCAAUGCUAUGUUUGUUUCUCUAUCCAUGUCUUUGUUUCAUUUAAUGAACUCUAUGGUAAAACUCCUCGAGCACGUACAAGAAGCAUGCACAGUUCUUGGCCUUAUUCUUCAUUACCUCUGGUUGUCCGUUUGUUGUUCACUUUCUGUAGCAGCAUUUCAUCAGUUUUUACUUUUUAAAAAUUAUGAACCGAAAAAUGACUUAUCCUCGGACUCAACAGAACGUUCACCAGUCCUUUUCCACGUUAUUUUAAAUUUUUUGCUUCCUUUGUUAGUUGUUGGUGUCAACAGUGUACUGUUGUAUAUUUUUUCGACUGAUAUUCAAUAUGACUCUGAGAAAUGUUUCUUGACUCAUGAAAUCUCGAAUAUAGUUACGUUUCUUUCUCCUUUGGCAAUUUCUACUCUUCUGACGCUUUUUCUCUACUUUGCUACGUUCAAAAUAAUAAUUUCCUCAAGAGAGAAAAUAAAUUUAAAAAGAAAGAGAACGGAAUUUUUCUUGCUUUUCAGAAUAGCCAUCAUUGCCAGUGUUAUCAUCUUUCUUCAAAUAUCUGAAUGGUUUAUAAACACUUCGACUUACUCCUUCGUUGUUGAUUUAAUUGUAUCGACCCAGGGAUGUACCAUUUUCCUUGCAGUUUGUUGCUCUUCUCAGAUAUUUAAGCUUUGGAAAACAAAGGGAGAGAACUUGUCGGACAGCGAUUCGACAGGGUCACUGGAAACGGAAAAAGCGACAACCGCUGUAGAUGCCGAGUAA